AUGUAAAUUUUUGUUAAAACCUUAACUGGAAAAACUAUUACAUUAGACGUAGAAGCUUCUGAUUCAAUUGAAAACGUAAAAGCCAAGAUUUAAGAUAAGGAAGGUAUUCCUCCAGAUUAAUAAAGAUUAAUUUUCGCAGGAAAAUAAUUAGAAGAUGGAAGAACACUUUCAGAUUACAAUAUUUAAAAGGAGUCAACUCUCCAUUUAGUUUUAAGAUUAAGAGGCGGAGCAAUGGAACCUACUAUUGCGGCUCUAGCAAAAAAAUAUAAUUGUGAAAAAAAAGUAUGCAGAGAUUGUUAUGCAAGAUUACCCCCUAAAGCAACUAAUUGCAGAAAGAGAAAAUGCGGACAUUCUAAUUAAUUAAGAAUGAAAAAGAAACCAAAAGAGUGA